UUUCCAAAUUAAAUACACUAUUAAUCACUUAGGCAGAUUUAAAUAGUAGAAUCUGGCAUGAUUGAUAGAGAAAAAAUUAGAUUUUUUUUUUUCUCUUCUUUUGUUGAUUGCUAAUUGAGAUUACUGAGAGAUAUACGCAGAAGAUGAUCAUUUUGACUGCCGUGAUUAUUGUUUGUUUAUCUGCUUAUCAGUGAUUGCUUAGAGCGCUUUACAUGAAUUGAGAAUCUAGUUUAUCAUCUAUGUUCCUCAUUAUUAUACUUGUUUCCUGGCUUUUUCUGGUACUUUUUCCCAUCAGCGUUCAAGUUGGUGGAAUAUACAUGCAAUAUUUAUUUAUUUUUCUGCGUUGCUACUUCACUUUUCUUGCAUUCUUUGUUUAGUGACUUUUGGACAUGGGGAUAGAGUAGGAUUGGACAUUUGUAAUCAGCUUUGGAUAGCGGGAUAUUGAACUGUGGCUGGCCGAGUCUGUUGAUAUGCUCAACUUGGAAAUUAAGAGAGUUUCAGCAUAGAAAAAUGAUGUCAGAAGCACCUUUUCGGCCACGUGAGCAGCUGCUCGAGAAACAGAAAUAUUUUCAGAGCAUCCAGAAGCACACAUACUACAAAUUGAAGCUUAUGCAUAUUUAUAUUUUUUAUUGAAUUUAUUAUGUAAUUUUUAAGCUUUUAAUGCGAAUACUUUCUUUUGACAUUGAUUUUAAUUUUAAUUUUCAAUAAAACUAUUAGUUAAAUUUA